AUGUUAUCAUCAGAACAUGUACCAUCAAUAUUCUUCAAUAAAUCCAGAUCGAUUGAUGAAACUAAUCUUUAUGAUGGUGAUAUUGAUGAAGGUGGUGCUAAUAAAACUCCAUAUGAUAUUAUCGAACAUGAUGUAACUACUUUAGCAAAAGCUAAUAAUUUACCACCACCUGAUUCAUUCGAUGCAUUACAACUUGGUAGUGAAAGAUUACGCACAAUAAUUGCUGCACUUCAUUGUAAUAUACUCGUACGUAAAGAAGAUCUUGUACGAAAUUUGGAUUAUAUCGCAAAUAUUCUUGAAGCUGUUCAUCAAGAUGAAACAAGAAGAUUAAUGGAAGAAGAUGACGGUGCAUUAUCAGAGAUUGAACCAGAUUCUGUACCAAAUGAAGUACGAGAUUGGUUAGCAAUGACAUUUACUCGAUCCAUGUCAACAAUUAAACGACGUCCAUCAGACAAACCUAAAUUUAAAAGUGUUGCACAAGCCAUACGUGCUGGUAUUAUGGUAGACAGGUACCUGAGACGUUUAUCUAUCGACAUUAAAUUUAAGACAAUUAAUGAAUGGACAUUUGAUGUAUUUUCUGUGAAUGAAUUUACAAGUGGUCAAUGUUUACGUUACGUUGGUUUUGAACUUAUGCAAAGAUAUAAUUUACCAAAUAAACUUCAUAUAUCUAUAACUGCUUUAAAUAAUUUUCUUGAACAAAUGGAAAGUGGUUAUAGUAAAUAUCGUAAUCCAUAUCAUAAUUUAAUUCAUGCAGCUGAUGUUUUACAAACAACAUAUCAAAUCAUUUACAAUUCUGGUCUCAUGAAUUGGCUUAAUGAUCAUGAAUUAUUCGCAAUGUUUAUUGCAGCUAUUGUUCAUGAUUUUGAACAUACAGGAACGUCGAAUAACUUUCAUAUUCAAUCUAGAUCGGAUGUUGCGUUAAUAUAUAAUGAUCGUGCUGUAUUGGAAAAUCAUCAUGUAAGCGCUGCAUUUCGAUUAAUGCGAAUAGAUGAUUAUAAUAUUUUAUCUGAAUUUACACCGGAAGAAUUUAAAAAUUUUCGACAUUUGGUUAUUGAAAUGGUACUUGCUACAGAUAUGAGUAGUCAUUUUGC